UGCACGCAUUCUUCGGGAUGAUGUCCUUCGUAAAAUUGGUCAAGUGUUUCUUGCUGUUCAAGUUGGUUCAAAGCACAGUCGGAGCUGUUAUUGACCCGGUAGAUCAUGAACCCAACUGGGUUAUGAUCCCAACGGCUUCCGGGAACUUUGUUUGGGUUCAUCGAAAAAUCGUGGAAGCAAAAACCCUCGCCAAACGCGGCCUUACGGAGUCGGACAUCCGGUUCAUCUUCUACUCGCGGACAAACUACACCGGAUACGUCCACAACCUCAACGGUCUCACACUCCUCAGCGGGUCCGUGUUUGACAGCUCUCGACCAACGCGGAUCAUUAUCCACGGGUGGCUCAACAACGGUGAUUCACCACUCAACGAUCACCUGCGGAAAGCGUACCUGUACAACUGGGACUACAACGUAAUCUCCGUAGACUGGUCCGCGUGUUCCAAUGACCUGAACUACAUCUCAGCGACGUCGUGUGUCCGAGUGGUCGGACAGGUCGUUGCCAAGAUGCUGGACUACCUUCACGAGAACAGAGGACUUUCGUUCCGAGAUGUGUACCUGAUCGGGCAUAGUUUGGGAGGUCACGUGGCAGGGAUCGCCGGGAAGUUGGUCCAAGGAGGACGGAUAGCUACGAUAGUGGCGUUGGAUCCGGCCUUGCCGCUGUUUUCAAUUAGGAAGCCGGAGAAUCGUGUCGCCGAGGACGAUGCGGAGUACGUGCAGGUUAUCCAUACCAAUGGAGGGCUUUUGGGGUUUUUGGAGCCCAUUGGAACGGCGGAUUUUUAUCCGAACGGAGGGAGGAGCCAGCCGGGAUGUGGGUGGAAUUUGUUAGGAAUCUGCUCCCACGCCCGCGCCUGGCAGCUCUUCCUCGACUCCCUGCUGGAAGCGGACGAGUACCUGAUGGCCGAACCAAUCGCCUCGCUCGAUGACAUCCAGUCGCUGGGGGUGAACCGGAUUAGCCGGGCCAAGCUCGGCGGUGAACCGGCCGCAAUGGCGUACGGGCUGUACUACAUUUACACGAAUGCCGAGAGUCCAUACUUUGGCCUUCCAGUGGUGGAGGAUGAUUUUAGGUGA